UUGACACUUUCACGAUUUUCGGUUCCCGCAUAGUUCACGCACUGAAAUUGCAUCAUGCGUGCCAAUGCGUGGACACUUGCGGGAAGGGGCGGGACGAUGCGCGGCAAUGCGCGGCAAUGCGUGAAGAGCGAAAAAAAAUUUCAACAUGUUGAAAAUUUUGCCACACACUUCCCGCAUUGCAGCAGUGCGUGAACUGUGCGCAAACUAUGCGCAAACAAGUCGUGCCAAUGCGUGCCAGUGCGUGGCGUAAAAACAGUGGGUACCCCACCCCCGGGAAUGUGGCACGCACUUCACGACUAGUUCACGACAUGGUCCCGCAUAAUUUGCGCAGUGGUUGCGCAUCCUUCGCGCACUUUCACGCAAGGAUCGCGCAUAUCAGUCACGUGAUGCGUUUUGUCAAAAUAUUCUUGUUUGAGCCAGCAGCAAAAUCAUGGCUUCAUCCUCCUCAUCAGAUAAUGAUGGGACAGAGAACACAGAGCAUGAAGAGAAAACUAAGCGAACAAAAAGAGCACGUACAUCUAAAAGGGAUGUCCCAGAGUACAAGUGGACCGAAGACGCUGUUCAAUUAAUAGCCGAUUUUGUGAAGGAAAAUUCAGCACUAUAUGAUAAGACCCAGAAAGAUUACAUGAAUGUUGCUACGAAGGGAAGGAUGUGGGCGAAUGGCGGUAAAUUAUUGGAUCCACCUGCCACUGGUAAGUUCUCAAUUUUGAUGGUUGGUUAGUUAAGUUCCAUACCCAUGUUUUAAAAAUCCUCCUUUUGUUUUUUGUUGUCUGCAUUACUAGUUAAUAAGAAAGUAAUUUACUGGGAAAAUAAUUGUUGAUAUUUUCCUUUAUAGAAAUUAAAUGUUUUUAUUUUUUAUUUUUAGGGUUAAACUUCACCACACAAAUAGCCUAUUUAUUGUUUUCCUUGUUUUUAAUGUAGGGGACCAGUGUAAGAAGUUGUACGAAAAUAAGCGAACUCGGCUGGGAAAGAUAUUGAACAAGGAGAAAAAAAGUGGAUCUGGGCAAACCAACAGAACGACACGUGAUGAUGAGAUAGUGAACACGUGGGGAUUUCUGAAGCAACACAUUGUUCGUGGCAAGACAACGGCAAGUGACACGUUUGAUAGAGAAGGGGAAGUGCACGAACGAGAAGAUGAUGAAGUUUCUAUCAUGUCAGUUUCAGAAGAUAUGGAUAAUGAGACCUUGAUCCCGUUGAAGGAUCGGGUCCCAAAGUCGGCACGCUCCGAAGCCUCUGGAACUUCUGGCAGUAGAACUCCAGCUUCUCGAUCAAGUACUGUUUUGCAGAAUAACCUCGACGAUGCUCUCCGUCAGGUUCUUUCAAGAGCGGAUAAUUUGGGCCAGACAGCUGCUUUGACAGGUCAAAAAAAGAUCGUCCAUGAUUUUGCCUGUCUUCUGGAGGGCCAUAUGCAGAAAAUUCCAGAGGAAUCGUGGCACAGUUUCCAAAUUGAAUGUCUGCAACUCGUUCACAAUUUCAAACAGCCAACCAGGCCAACUCAACCAUGUCAACAGCAACCCUCGUCAUGGCAGUCAAACCAGUGGCCAAUCAAUAGUCAUUGGUCCAAUUUCAAUCAAUGGUCUCCAACAAGUCCAUCCUUCAACAAUGUUGGGAUGCCAGCCGCGCCUUCAGCUGUGCCUGUACCGAUACCAACGUCUUCUCAGCAGUCCACUGCUUCGACCCCACCCUCCCGACGUAGUAAUGAGAUGGUUUCCUCGGUUCUGGAAGAGCUUGGAGAAGAAAAAUAAUGUGUUCAACAGCAGCCGGUGAUUAAGAAAAGGCAAUACUGGUUGCAAAACUAACGUCUUCCAUAUCGGGACACUCUUUCAGUACUUACCUUAAUUCUUACAUGGUAAAAAAAAA